AGUAUUCCAAAAACUAUUGAAGAAGAGAACACCGAGAUAGUCAGUCUAGAGAAGUCUGUCCUUACCAAAGCCAAGAAACUAGAUAUCAGCAGAUGUCAGAUCAUUCUCUAUAAGAUUUAUCCAUACUUAGAAAAAAUUGACCCAUUGUACUCAGACUCUGAAGAAGUUCCAGAAAAUAGUAAACUUUGGACGUAUUUCUCAGAAACUUAAAGAUGAGAAGUUUGCUCAAAGUUUUAAGAAGCUCAAAUUCGUUGAUGUAGAUUGAGUUAAUUUUAGUUUUGAUGGUUCUAAAAAUAAAUAUUUGGUUGAUUUCUUAGCAUCCUCAUUCCCAAAUAAAACUAAUACUUUCUUUUUUGAACCCAUGAGAGAAAUGGAUCUGAAUAGGUCCAAUUACUUAAAACCACUACUCAAUCUCAGUUUUAAAGUCGUCCAACAAGUUACAUUUUAUAAUUUCUGCAUUGCCUUCUCCCAACUGAAGAGACUGGUGGCAGCUUACAAGCAUGUCAGAGAUUUUACAUUGUACCAUUGCAGUUUAUCAAUUCCAAGAGUUCCUAACUUUUCAAAGGCUCUUACAAAUUGCAAAAUCCAGCAACUAAAUUUAAAUGGAUCAAAAGGCUUAUACAAAAGUUACCGGGAGAAUAACUUAUAUGAGUUUAAAAACUUAAUACAAGGAUUAGCAAGUUCUCCAGAUUUAAGAUCGAGUCUUAAAGAUGUAUAUAUCUUCGACACUGAAGUAAAGAAAUAUGAAGCUGAGCAAAUCUUUGAAGCAAACAACCUUGGAGGAGUUACAAUAAUUGGUUUCAAUUAAAUUUUGCCUAAA